AUGGCGUCAUCAACCGUGAACAUCUUGCUUUCCUCUUUUCCCGGCCUGUCGCUGCCCUCCACUCUCUCAUUCUCGUUACCACCAACUUCGAGCAUCUCCGAUCUGACUGAUAAAGUCGCAUCAUACCUGCCAACAACGCUUUCAUUACAGUCACUUAUUCUCACGACCACAAACAAUAAACAAAUUCUCCCCUCGACCGAGCCUCUACAAUCUCUGAUCGUGCGCGAUGGCGAAUCUACAACCUCAUCUCUCCUCCCCAUUCGCCUCUCCGUGCCUCUUUGCGGUGGAAAGGGUGGUUUCGGCUCCCAGCUUCGUGCUGCUGGAGGUCGCAUGGCCAGCAAGCGCAAGCGCAACCAAGGCGAAAACAACAGUUCCAGUCGCAACCUCGAUGGGCGCCGUCUCCGUACCGUGACCGAAGCCAAAGCCUUGGCUGAAUAUCUCGCCGUGAAGCCAGAGAUGGACAAGAAGGAGAAGGAGGAGCGCCGACAACGGUGGCAGGCCGUUGUUGACAUGGCAGAGAGACGCCAGGAAGAAAUCAAGAAUGGCGGCGGAAGAGAAAAGAUCGAUGGUCAGUGGAUGAAUGAUAAGGAAGAGAUGAACGAAAAAGCGCGCGAGGCAGUUCUUCAAGCUAUGAAGGAUGGUGACUGGACAGAUAGUCUUCGUGAUGCAAUUCUUGGUGGCUCAAGCACAAGUGCCAGUGAAGGCAGCGAUCAGAUGGAUUCUUCUACAUCGGAUGAUGAUGAGGCUGAUGAGGCCGAUGAGAACGAGACCUCUUCAAGUGCGGCCGGCCCAUCUGCACCCGCAGCGAAACCUGCUCCUCGUCGGUUUAUUGGAUUUGAUGAUGAUGAUGAUGAGUUUAUGAGCGACUCAGAUGAGGAAGAGGAAGAGGAGGUUAAGGACAAGGGCAAGGCACGAGCUUAA